CCGACGGUCGAAUCAGACUGCGACGGAUGAGAAGCCGAAUGUUUCCUUUCGAUUCUUCCCUUUGGACCUCGGAGUGAGAGACUCUUAACGCCCGGACUAAUAGGGUGACGCACAGAUUUAGGACCCUGUGGAGCUUUUUCCCCGCCUGCCGUCCCUCGCUCAGGCACGCCGAGGACGGCCCUGUUGGGGUCCUUGUGGCCAGCCAAGAUGGCUGCGCCCGCGGUGAAGGCCGCGCGAGGGUGGCCGGUUCUGGCGCUGGGCGUACGGAAUUGUCUCCUGCGGUUUCCAGGGCUAACCCAGGUGAGGGGGAGCCGCUAUGGUCCUGAAUACAAGGAUCCACAGGUUGACAAAGAAUAUUACCGUAAGCCAUUGGCAGAGCUGACGGAGGAGGAGAAGUAUGAGCGGGAACUCAGGAAGACUCAGCAUAUCAAAGCUGCCCCAGCGUCGAAAACAAGCUCUGUGUUUGAAGACCCAGUGAUCAGUAAAUUCACCAACAUGAUAAUGAAAGGAGGAAACAAAGUCCUGGCCAGAUCCCUCAUGGCGCAGACUCUGGAAGCUGUGAAAAGGAAGCAGUUUGAGAAGUACCAUGCUGCCUCUGCAGAGGAACGGGCAUCCAUCGAACGCAACCCCUAUACCAUCUUCCACCAAGCGCUGAAAAACUGUGAGCCUGUGAUUGGGCUGGUACCCAUCCUCAGAGGCGGCCAUUUCUACCAAGUCCCCGUGCCACUAGCCGACCGGCGCCGUCGCUUCCUGGCCAUGAAGUGGAUGAUUACUGAGUGCCGGGAGAAGAAGCACCGGCGGGUGCUGAUGCCGGAGAAGUUGUCCCAUGAGCUGCUGGAGGCUUUUCACAACCAGGGCCCUGUGAUCAAGAAGAAGCAUGACAUGCACAAGAUGGCCGAGGCCAACCGUGCGCUGGCUCACUACCGCUGGUGGUAGAGGGAGGGUAGGGGCCCUGGGAGGAGCCCGGGGCUCUUUGCUGCAAGAAGUAAUGAAACACUUAAGGGUU